UCUUAGUGGCAUCGAAAUAUAGCUUAGCCCGCUUCAGUCGCUCAGGGUGAACCCAUUUGUGAGCACGUCAGUUUUUGAUUGCGGCCGGAUCAUGAAGAGUGAGCAAAUUAUCGAAAAGAUACGAAACAAAUUGAAGGAUUCUAAUCCUGAUCGGCGCACCGUUUUAAGCGUAUUUCAAUUCAAUAUUACCGAUGCAAAUGGGAAGUUGAUCAAAAGUGUAGUGUUUGAUUUUAAAGACUUGAACAUCUACGAUGGUACAACGGACUCAGCGGAUGCCGAGAUUACCAUAACGGAUGAUGAUUUCUACAUGGUGGGCACCAAGGAAAUAACUUUCGAUUCAUUACUAGCUGAGAAUAAAGCGCUAGUAAAGGGAGAUACAACGGCAAUAGACAAGAUUCUUGCGAAGUUUCGUUCGGCAGAAGAAAAGUGACUUUUGGAAACACUCGCCCAAAUAAUUUCAAUUUCGAUGGUAGCCUAUUAAUUCUUUAACCUUUGGGGAGAGUUUUCACUUCAACGGCAAAUAGCAUUUAUGUAUGUAUAUACUCACAAGCACAAGUGUUACUGCGCUUACAGUGGGACGAACAUGAUCAUUUACGUAAUUUUUGGCUUCAGCGAAUUUUUUGUUGCAACGAAGAAAAAUAUAUAUUUCCUUCAAGGAGUUAUGAUAUAAAAAAUUAAAAUGUUAUGCAAUUCUAUAAAAUAUGAGUUACUUAUUAUCUAUACUAUAAAGGUGAAUGUCUGUACGUUGUCCGCGCAUCACUACGAAACGACAACACCAAAAGACGUAAAAAUUUGUAUACAUUCAUUUUUUACCCAAUUAAGGUUAUAGGCAUGUUUUUAUGAUGGACCUACUUCCCACAGCCCCCAGGCCGCGCCACCACUCUCAUUCGUCACUAAUAAUCGAAUAUUUGCUUAAAUUUAAUCUAAAAAAUCUUAGUUUUUCCUAUUUUCCACUAUUUAUAGCACACUCUAGACUUCAUAAUCCGCAUAAGCUGUUUAACUAUGGCCCAAAUGCAAAGUUCAAAAACGGUUUGAGAUAGAAAAUUAAUAAAAAUAAUUUUGCUUGAUAUUUUUCUGAUUGGUUGUUUUGAUUUUAUUCAACGAGGCAUAGCAACGGAUGCCGGGUAUGUAAUAUUAUGGUUAUAAAUAAAAAAUUAUUUUCUAUGAAA